AAGGUGGAGGUGAAGCCGGCGACGGCGGCGGGGAAGGGAGCCGAGGCAGGGAAGGCGCCGGGGGGCGAGCGGCCGGGUGCGAAGGCGAAGUCGCAGGUUACGGAGGCGGCGAAGGGCGGAGCGGCAGCGGCCGGGGCGGCGAAGGGGCCGAAGCCGGGUCAGACGGCGAAGGGAGCCGCGCCUGCUGGAGCGGGAGCGGCUGCGGGAGAGGGAGAGGGGGCAGCUGGAGCAGCACCGCCACCAGGUUCGGCGGCAGCGACGAUGGCAGAAGCGGCGGCGAAGGGGAAGGUGUUGACGAUUGUGUCGGACGCGUCGAUCGCUGCGAAGAAGGCGGAGCCAAAAGCGGAAGGGAAGACGGAGGCCGAGAUCAAGGUGCAGGGUACGGCGAAGAAGCCGGAGGUGAAGCGGAUCAAGCCGGCUUGGAUGAACAAGCCGGAGGGAGGAGAGGGGGAGUUCGGCGGUGGGUCAUGGAAAGCGUCAGAUUUACGGCAGAAGUUCAAGGCGAAGGCGAGUGCGACGAAGGAAGUACCGAAGCAUAAGCCCAUCGACAUGAAACAAGAACUCAAAGCCGGCAUGAAAGUCAAAUCCACGGGCGCCGCCAAGGGCGGCAAGGAGGGCGAGGGCAAAGAAGGUGCCGACGCCAAGGCUAAGGUCAAGGGCGUGGACGUCAAAGCCAAGGGCACAGAAGCAGAUGCCAAGGGCAAGGAGGCCAAGGGCAAGGAGGCCAAGGGCAAGGACGUCAAGGGCAAGGACGUCAAGGGCAAGGGCGCUAAAGGCAAAAGCGGCAUCACCUCCAAGGCAGAGAUCACCAAGGCGACCGUCGCCAAAAAGGCCACCCCCGGAAAGGCCCCCGCCUCCGAAAAGGCCGCCAAGAAGGGGGGCAAGGCACCCCGCAAGUCCAAGGCAGCCCCCGAAGACGCCGAGACGGAAGGGAAGGAAGGCAAGGGAGCGAAAACCAGUAAAGCCGGUAAGGCUGGCAAGGAACCACGAGCCAGCAAACUCUCCAAGGAAGGCAAGGCCGGAAAGGAAGGCAAGGCGGGCAAGGCCGGAAAGGAACCACGAGCUAGCAAAGUCUCCAAGGCGGGCAAGGCGGGCAAGGAGCCACGGGCCAGCAAGGCCGGCAAAGCCGGCAAGGAAGGGAAGGAACCGCGAGCCAGCAAGGUGGCGAAGGCCGGUAAGGAAGGGAAGGCUGGCAAGGCCGGUAAGGAAGGGAAGGCUGGUAAGGAAGGCAAGGCCGGUAAGGAAGGCAAGGCCGGUAAGGAAGGCAAGGCCGGUAAGGAAGGCAAGGCCGGUAAGGAAGGAAGAGCCAGCAAGGCCGGCAAAGCCAGUAAGGAAGGCAAGGAAGGACGAAUCAGCAAAGUCGCCAAGACAGCCAAGGAGGGCAAGACUGCCAAGGAGGGCAAGACUGCCAAGGAGGGCAAGACUGCCAAGGAGGGCAAGACUGCCAAGGAGGGCAAGACUGCCAAGGAGGGCAAGACUGCCAAGGAGGGCAAGACUGCCAAGGAGGGCAAGACUGCCAAGGAGGGCAAGACUGCCAAGGAAGGCAAGACUGCCAAGGAAGGCAAGACUGCCAAGGGGGCUAAGGAAGGCAAGGCGGCAAAGGAAGGCAAGGCGGCAAAGGAAGGCAAGGCGGCAAAGGAAGGCAAGGCGGCAAAGAAAGCCUCGAAGGGCAAAGGUGCAUGA